AUGCCAGGAACGGGCAUCAUGCCCGCAACGUGGCAUUCAAAAGGUGGCGUCGAGAACGCCAAGCCGCCGUUGCUCUACUUAUAUGGUGGUGCCCGCGGUGACCGUGGUACUCGUGGAGGUGCCCGUGGUGCCCGUGGUGGCCGUGGUGGUGGUGCCGGUGAUGCAUGUGGGGGUGGUUUCCACGGGGCCGAUGCGGGUACCGCCUACCAUAGGGCCACUCUUCCCCCGCUGAUGAGGACGCUGGCCGUGCCGGUCCUGAACCGCCCGCCGCUGGAGAUGUUCCUCCAGCAAUCGAGGCUGCCGCAGAUGCUCAAGGCCCUGAGCCAUUCAACCCAUCUUCCAUCCAGCCUAUCUUCCAUCCAACGACAACGGGCCCCAGUAUAA